AUGAAACAACUAUCUAAAAAACAAAAGACUAUUUUAAUAGUAGGAAUAGGAGCAUUUAUUUUAGCAACAUUUAUCAUUACCACCUUAGUAAUAUAUUCUCGUAGCGAAAAACCAGUUUCAGUUCCUUCUAAAGAUAGUCCUUUUCCUAAUAAUUCAAGUUUAAUCGAAGCCAAAAAUGAAGCAAUUUCUCUCAUAGAACAAAAUUUGGCUUCUGAUGUAAUUAAAGAAAAAAAUUUUUUAAAAAAAUUAAAGGAUAAGAAUUAUUUAGAAGCAAAUAGCAAUGCGAUGAAAAUUAUUGAAAAAGAGUAUGGUCUAAAAAGCAUUAAACCAAAUAAAUUAGAAAUUAUUAGUGAUGAUCAGUCAGAGUUAAUCAAAUUUGGAGUUGAUAAUUUUGGUGAGGUAAUUGAUGAAUGGAAAACAAAAGAAAUAUUUUUUAUCCCAGUGAAUAAUAGUUCAAAUCCGAAUUCUCCUGGCAGUGGUGGGCAUUGGUCUCUCCUUGUUUGCGAUGCUCAAAAUAAAACUUUCCAUUAUUAUGACUCUUUAGGAAGUGCAAAUUUAGGAUCUGCUCAGAAAAUAGCCAAAAAGUUUGCUAAAAUUUUGUGGGAAAAAGAAGGAGAAUUACCACUAGAAAUAGAAGAAGCAGCGCAACAAAGCGAUGGAAGUAGUUGUGGAGCUUUCACUAUGGCACACAUUAAAUUUUUGGCAGAAAGAUAUCGAGAUAAAGGAGAUUCUGAGCCAAUGAAUUGA